AUGGAAAAACCCCAAAUUAUCAUAACAACUGUUAAAAGAGGAGAUGAGAUCACUUAUCCAAAAAAGGGAAAUCAUUUACGCAUUCAUUUUGAAGUUUUCGUAUCUAAUCAAUCCUUCUAAUCAAGAGACCUAAUGGAGAAAAGAUUGAAACAACAAAAGAUGCUGAUCAUCCAUUUGAGUUUCAAAUUGGAGUCGAUGACGUUAUUCCUGGCUUGCAAUAAAUACUAUACAAAAUGACCAUCGGAGAAAAAGUUAAAGCAGAAAUCCCACCCCAAUUUGCUUAUUAGAGAGAAGGAUUGACUGGAAUCAUCCCAGGCAAUGAAAAAUUAAUUAUGGAAAUUGAGUUAAUAUCAAUAACAUUUUGA